GGCGGCAAGGGUGGCAGUGGCCCCAGCGUUCGUGUGCUCGGGUCUGAACCACUGAGGGAGGAGGCGGUGGAGGAAGAGGUGGCGGCGGUGGCGGUGGUCGUAGCGGUGGCGGAGGAGGCGGGUACGAAUCAGCUGCGGGCAGAGACAUGGCCAACAUCGCGGUGCAGCGAAUCAAGCGGGAGUUCAAGGAGGUGCUGAAGAGCGAGGAGACGAGCAAAAAUCAAAUUAAAGUAGAUCUUGUAGAUGAGAAUUUUACAGAAUUAAGAGGAGAAAUAGCAGGACCUCCAGACACACCAUAUGAAGGUGGAAGAUAUCAACUAGAGAUAAAAAUACCAGAAACAUAUCCAUUUAAUCCCCCUAAGGUCCGGUUUAUCACUAAAAUAUGGCACCCUAAUAUUAGUUCCGUCACAGGGGCUAUUUGUUUGGAUAUCCUGAAAGAUCAAUGGGCAGCAGCAAUGACUCUGCGCACGGUAUUAUUGUCAUUGCAAGCACUGUUGGCAGCUGCAGAACCAGAUGACCCCCAAGACGCAGUAGUAGCAAAUCAGUACAAACAAAAUCCUGAAAUGUUCAAGCAGACAGCUCGGCUUUGGGCACAUGUGUAUGCUGGAGCACCAGUUUCUAGUCCAGAAUACACCAAAAAAAUAGAGAACCUCUGUGCUAUGGGCUUUGAUAGGUCAUUGCUAGAGGAAAGAAUCCAUGAUUCUCAGUGCAAAGAGAAGGAUUCCUUUCCUUGGGAUGUGAUUACUCUUGUCCUCUUCCUUACAGAACGCAGUAAUAGUGGCCUUGUCUUCAAAAUCAUGGGAUGUAGAGACUGCAACAGAACUGCUUCUGAGUAACUGAGGCCGGGAGCUGCUGCCAGCUGUGCUCACCUCUCCUUGAGGAGCACCAACACCUGUUAUUUUUAGGGUUCUGCAUAAAUUUCUUUUAAACUGGCAUUCUUGCCUAAUGAUGUUAUCUAGGCACCAUUGGAGACUGCAAAAAAAAAAAAAAAAAUAAUAAUAAUAAUAUCCCUGCUCUGUAAAUAAAGCUAAUUAAAAGUCUGUGUAAAUUUAAAAA